AUGAUCAUGAUGAUUCACCCCUUUCAAAAAAUAACGGUCGCCGCGAUACGGCGUCGUUUACCCAACGUCACGGGGGCCAACCUCGUUCUUAACCUCCAAUUUCUCGGUACUUCAGCAAUUUUCUGGUCGAUCGAGAUAUGAUCGCGGUCUUUGGCCGAUCUCCGCUAGGGUUUUGGUCGCUGCGACUGGAGUCACCGCCGGUUUUGCCGAAGCUAGGGUUUUGGGAUUCAGGGAGUGAUAAAAGGAUUGGUUUGGGCGUUGGUGUUGUAACUCCUGCGAGAUCCAAGGGCUUUUGGUCUGUUAUGGCCAUGGAGAGGUUGCAAAUGGCGUGUGUGAAUGAGAAGGUUGAUAAUGUUGGAGAUUUAGGGAAGGAUGGAUCUGAUUUGGUUGAGAAGUCCACCAAUGGUCAUGUCACAGUUUCAGGGAGGACUGUCAGCCAAUUGGCUACCAUUGGAAAUUCAACAAACAUUAUGUGGCAUGGAUGUCCAGUAGAUAAGGUUGAAAGACAGAAGUUACUUAAACAGAAAGGAUGUGUCAUAUGGAUCACAGGUCUCAGUGGUUCAGGUUUGUCAUUGUCAAUUCCGAUGCAUUCUCUCCUUGGAUUGACAAUUAACUUUGAGGCUUAGCUUGUGUAUCUGAAAUCAGUUGUGCUUUAUUUCCCAUAGUUGUUAAC